AUGGCCAGCCAUGGAGUAGCGCGACAUGCAUCUUUCAAGUUACAGACAGAGGAGGCGAGAAGGAGGGAGCUUUCGAAAAUUCAAAAAUAUAGGGACUUGGACCAGUCUGUCAGAGAAAAGCGAAGCGAAUAUGAUUACUCCGAGGCUUUACUCCCAAAGACUUCGGAGUUGUUGGCUGAAAAUGCCGAAUACUAUUCUAUUUGGAAUUAUCGCCGUCUUAUACUGCAGGCCCAGCUCGAAAAUGUGAAGAUGAACGCUGACUCAAGUGACGCCGGUUCACAGCGUCAAGAAAUGGCUAGAGAAUUGCUCAGAGAGGAAUUGGCGUUUUUGAUACCCCUUCUCCGGCAAUACCCAAAAUGCUACUGGAUCUGGAAUCAUCGUUUAUGGGUUCUAGAGCAGACGGUUGGCCAACUCUCAAGGCCACUGGCACGCCGUUUCUGGCAGGAGGAGCUCGCCCUUGUAGGAAAGAUGCUCAGUUUAGAUGCCAGAAAUUUCCAUGGUUGGGGAUAUCGGCGAAAAAUCGUGUCCGUUAUUGAAGUCCUGGGAGAGGAUAGAGGAGAUGUAGAAGAUGGAGUGAAGACGCUCUCUUUAGCCCAAGAUGAAUUGAAUUAUACUACAAAAAUGAUUGGAGCUAAUCUUUCUAAUUUUUCUGCCUGGCAUAACCGGUCUAAAUUGAUUCUUAGAAUGCUAGAUGAGCGUGGUGCCAGCGAUGAUGAACGGAGAACGGCCUUUGACGACGAGUUGAAACUGAUCCAUCGCGCCCUGAUUGAUCCUUAUGACCAGUCAUUGUGGUUCUACCAUCAGAACCUCAUGUGCACGCUCGACCCGACCACCUCUGGAGGAGGUAUUGCUCCCAGAAUGAGUGAUGAGACGCGGCUUGAGUAUCUCAACCAUGAACUCGAUGCCAUUUCCGAGUUGCUUGACGAGGAGGAGGACUGCAAAUGGAUCUACCAAGCGCUCAUUGAAUGCAGCUUGGUUGUGUCAAGGGUUCGGGGGACAGUGUCGGCGGGGAUGAAGCAGGAUAUCGCCAAUUGGCUUCGGAACCUCAAACGCUUGGACCCGCUGAGAAAGGGCCGGUGGGAGGAUUUCGAGAGAUCGCUGGGUGUGUGCUGA